AUGCGGUGUACUCCUGAUAUUUCAGAAAGUGAUUGUGGUUCUUGUCUUCGUCAAUCUGUGGUUUUCUGUGAGAGCCACUACCAUGGCAAAGCAGGUUGCCUUACUGUGAGACCUAGCUGUAUUUAUAGAUGGGAUUCGAGGCCAUUCUAUGUAGCCUCUCCUGGUGCUCCAUCCCCAUCUCCUCCUCCUCCACAGUUAACGUAUAAGGAAAUGAUCACAAAAGACGAUGAUAAUGUGGAAUCCUUACAAUUUGACUUCAGCACUAUCAGAGUUGCAAAAAAUAAUUUUUCAAUUGAUAAUAAGCUUGGACGUGGUGGAUUUGGUGUUGUUUAUAGGGGUAGGCUUCUUGAUGGACAGGAAGUAGCUGUCAAGAGGUUGGAUAUAGGUUCUGCACAAGGAGAAACAGAAUUCAAAAAUGAGGUCCUCUUGAUGGCCAAACUUCAACAUAGGAAUUUGGUUAGACUUCUAGGAUUUUGUUUGGAAGGAAACGAAAAGCUUCUCAUCUAUGAGUUUGUGCCAAAUUCAAGUCUAGAUAACUUCAUAUAUGAUCCAACCCAACAUUUAUUAUUGGAUUGGGAGAUGCGAUACAAAAUCAUAAAGGGCACAGCACGAGGAACUCUUUAUAUUCAUGAAGAUUCUAGGUUUCGUAUCAUUCAUCGUGACUUAAAAGCUAGUAAUGUUCUUUUAGAUAUUGACAUGACUCCAAAAGUUUCAGAUUUUGGAAUGGCAAAGUUGUUGGCAAUAGAUCAAACUCAAGGCGAUACAAGUAGAAUUGCCGGGACUUUUGGGUAUAUGGCUCCAGAGUAUAUAAAGCAUGGACACUUCUCAGCCAAGUCCGAUGUUUUCAGCUUUGGUGUGUUAGUCCUAGAAAUCAUGAGUUGUCAAAAGAAUAGUUCGUUUCCUACCAAAGAGGAACCAGAAGAUUUAUUAACCUACGCAUGGAGAAAUUGGAUUGAAGGUAAAGCUGCGAAUCUAAUAGACCCCAAUUUGAGUGCUGGCUCCAAUAGAGAUAUGAUGAGAUGUAUUCACAUUGGGUUGCUUUGUGUUCAAGAAAAUGUAGCCAAUAGACCUACAAUGGCUUUAGCAGUUCACAUGCUCACUGGUGGCACACUUUCCCUGCCAACACCAUCAAAACCUGCAUUUUUUAUGCACUCCGGCACAACAACAGAUAAUUUAGAAUCAUCGGCAUUGGAUCAAUCAAAUAAUUUCCAGUUUUCGUUGAACGAGGCUUCAAUUACUGAACUUAGCCCUCAAUGA